CACGACAUGUUGCGCCCAUUCGAGCCUUCUUCGUCAUUCCCAUGUUAUGAGAGAUGUCGGCAACUUCCCCCAGGCGCAUGUCUUUCCCUUCCCCAUCUCUACCUCAUAUCCCAAUACACUCUCUAUUUCCUCGAGAGGCCCCUGUAUCAUCACUCUACGCUUUGCGUGUUGUCUACCCCGAAAUUAUUACGCCGUCACUUUCCAGUAAGACUUGCUGCUCUGGGAACAUUCGCUAACACCUUCGCAGACGAGGCUUCGGCCUCUAGUCCAGGCGAGUGGACUCAGGAGAUCAUUAAUGAAGUCCUCUCGGAUGCUGGCCUUGAACAUCUGAUUGACAAUGCCGUCACUGCUGAAAGUGACACUCCUUACACCUUUAGCCUCUAUAGUCGCUUUGACGACCUUCGCGCAGCUUCAAGCUCGAAAAUCAUGUUCGGGAGUAUUCUCCAAACCGUCUCGUUCAGAUUUGUUGAUCACCACGAGUACUUUACUGUCGACCGCCGUCACCCUCGCGCACAGUCAGUCUCAGCCUUUGACGGCCAGGUCCAUGAGCACGAUAGACUUCAACCUCUCGGCCAUUCAUUCUGAGGUCUACACCCUGGCUGAAGCUUUUGGCAACGUACACAUCUUCUCUUACGUCGAGCCCGACGGUUACUCUGUGUCGAGUACUUUUCAGUCAAGUCUGCCGAAAUCGCAGUUAGCGUUUCUGCGCAGAAUGAGACUUCCUACACUUGUAAAUCCUCACCGUCUCUGUCAAGCAGUACGAGCCUCCUGGUUAUACCAAUCCAGUCCUCAAAGUUCUCAUUUGAGUAUUUGCUACCACCACAACUUUGCUACACUGCUCGCUCGUGUUCAGACAAUCAAGCCACUCCUAAUUCAAGCCAAGGAGCAUGAGCGGGCAGUGUAGUAGUCUAUCGCUACUCUGUUGAUCGACUUCACACCCUUGUGGAUGGACAACAUUUCCUUACCCAAGCAUUCCAACCUCAGCUUGCAGCUCUCAAGCAUCCAACUAGUCAAGCUCCUCAAUCAGAACUCGAUGCGCGGCGGGACGUCCUGUGAAGUUCUCGGUCGUCGUCGACCGCUGGAGGAAACACCUUCUCGGUAGCAAAAAGUAAAUGCUAGUCGACGGCACUAUUGUACCAGUAGAGGUGUCACGUACUGUACUUGUACCUGGUACUGGAGUAGUUAUGGAGUAGUAUACCGCUGGCAUGAAUAGCUGUCGAACAUCUCUC